AUGGCUUCAGGGCAAACACAAGAAGAACGAUCAUGGCUUUUAGAGAACGGUAAUCCAAAGAUCUUGACCAAGGAAUCAAGACACGGACAUGGCCGUAGCCGAAGAGCGCACAACAUUUCUUCAGCUUCAAUGCGAAAGAAAUCCAAAUUUACUCUCGUCUCCAAUAUUCCAUGGGAUUCCCUUAGGAUUGUGUUGGCUAACAUCCAAGAGGUUAUUCUUGGUACAAAGCUUUCCAUCCUCUUCAUUGCCGUUCCUGCUGCAAUCCUAGCUCAUGACCUUGCCUUAGGAAGAUCAUGGGUUUUUAUAUUGAGCUUACUUGGCCUUACUCCACUUGCUGAACGUGUGAGCUUUCUUACAGAACAAAUUGCUUUCUUCACCGGUCCUACAGUUGGAGGACUUCUUAAUGCAACAUGUGGGAAUGCUACUGAACUCAUAAUUGCAAUAUUUGCUCUUAGCAGCAACAAAAUUGCUGUUGUCAAGUAUUCUCUUUUGGGUUCCAUUCUUUCAAAUCUUCUUCUUGUUCUUGGAACUUCUCUUCUUUGUGGUGGCAUUGCAAAUCUUAGGGUGGAGCAGAAAUAUGACAGAAGGCAAGCAGAUGUGAACUCACUGAUGCUGAUACUGGCAUUGCUAUGCCUUUUGCUUCCAAUGCUAUUCACAUACAGUGCUGCAUCACCGGAACUCACCGUAGAAUCUUCACUCUACUUGUCAAGAGCUGCUAGCAUUGUCAUGUUGGCUGCAUAUUUUGUUUACUUGAUCUUUCAACUAUGGACACAUAGGCAACUAUUUGAAGCUGAAGAUGAAGGCGGAGAUGAGAACAUUGAGGCAGAAGAGGCUGUGAUUGGAUUUUGGAGUGGAUUUGCUUGGUUGGCUGGAAUGACUGUGUUCACUGCGUUGUUGUCUGAAUACGUGGUCGAUACAAUUGAGGAUGCAUCAGAUUCAUGGGGUUUAUCAGUGAGCUUCCUCAGCAUAAUCUUGCUUCCAAUAGUUGGCAAUGCAGCUGAACAUGCUGGAGCAAUCAUUUUUGCUUUCAAGAACAAGCUUGACAUUUCCUUAGGUGUUGCAUUGGGCUCUGCCACUCAAAUUGCCAUGUUUGUGGUUCCCCUCUGUGUUACUGUUGCUUGGGGAAUGGGAGUGAAUAUGGACCUAAACUUCAACCUCAUUGAGACAGGUUCUCUUGCUGUGGCAAUUAUAGUCACAAGCUUCACUUUACAGGAUGGUACUUCUCACUACAUGAAAGAUUUCCCAGUGACCUAA